AUGCCCGGUCCAGACGGAAAACCCUCGUUGCUCGAUCAACCUAUGCCAUCGUCUUUUGACGAGAACAACGAAUUCUACGAUGAGCGCGUUCUUCACAAGGCCUUCCGCAAGCUCAAGGAGGAGCCUCUGAUCCCCCUCGGAUGUGGUCUGACCGUCUUCGCCUUCGUCAACGCUUGGCGCGCCACCCGCCGCGGCGAUGCCAGACAAGCCAACAAGAUGUUCCGCGCCCGUGUCGCCGCCCAGGGCUUCACCGUCUUCGCCAUGCUCGCCGGUAGCAUCUACUACAACAAGGACCGCGAACGCACCGCCGAGCUGCGCAAGAUCAAGGAGGCCAAGGACGCCGAGGAGCAGCGCCAGCGCUGGAUCCGCGAGCUCGAGGCCCGCGACGAGGAGGAGAAGGCGCUCAAGGCAAGGAUGCUGCAGAGAAGGGCGAGGCUCGAUGCCAAGAACGCCGGUGAAGAUACGCCAGCUGAGGGAGAGCAAGGCAAGACCGGGGGCGUGCUCGGUGCGCUGGGCUUGUCGGCGUGGAAGAAGUCUGAGGACGGCGAUGCUGCUGCGGGUGAGACGCCGGUUGAGGAGAAGCCGCAGAAGAAGGAGAACCCUAAGAGCUCGCUUGGUGCCAUUGGCGAGAUUUACGGCAGAAAGCCAUCGUCGUCGGAUGGGUCAUCAGAAGAGCCCAAGAAAUAA